AUGGAUGGCAGGGUCUCAGACACAACCAGUAAUGGAGAGACAAAACCAGCGUAUCCAGUCAUGGAAAAGAAGGAGGAAGAUGGCACCCUGGAGCGGGGGCACUGGAACAACAUGAUGGAGUUUGUGCUGUCAGUGGCUGGGGAGAUCAUUGGCCCAGGCAACGUCUGGAGGUUUCCCUAUGCUACAAAAAUGGCGGAGGUGAGAGCCCUCGUGCCAUGUCACCCACCCCUGGAAGGAUGA